AUGACGAGCCUGGCCAUCGCCGACGUCCCCUGGAUCUCAAAACGCAUCAAGGCUUGCUGUCGACGAGCAAAGCUCUUCAGCACCCAUGAGAUCCUCCUCAGCCAACCACAGCAGCUUCAGCAGACAUUACGCAUCUCCUCACAAGACGCAGAUCUUCUCUACCUUCAGGUGGCCACAGCAUGUGCACCACCUCCCAUAUCUGUGCUUGCUGCACUCACCGGCGAGCUUCCCUCCGCGCACCUCGACGAAGCCCUCUUCGAUGCCACUGAAUGCAACGAUGCAGAUUCGGCCGACUUAUCAGACUCGAGCGACGGACACGAUGAUCCAAGGAUAGACCUCGGAAUCCCUUCGUCCUCGAUAGUGCCUCCGACUCAGGGAUACGAUGGCAACUUUCCAGGCGCAGAACGCUUCGUUUAUGAUUCCGAUUCGGACUCGGACAGCGGUGCAAGCGCUGCUGCUUCGGAUCACAUGAUGCACGAUGAUGUAGAGCUCCCUUCCACAUUCCGUCGCCCCGAGCCGCAGCAGCUCGACGCCGAUGAGGCAGAUCCUGAUGAUCACCUCGACUCCGAUCAAAAUAAUGGUUAUUCAUCGAUCGCCAGGGACGUGCUCUCCCUUGGCCGUCAACGGCACCUACUCUCUAGCGGAUCUCAGCAGCUCGACGACCUACUUGGAGGCGGCUUCCGCUCAGCCGCUCUCACUGAAAUCGUGGGCGAGAGCGCCUCAGGCAAAACACAAACGGCUAUCCAGGCUUGUACCUUUGCGACUCUCGGUUUCCAACCCUUGCCUCCAAAGGAGGACCAGAACGCAUCUUCAUCUACGGACGUCGUCUCGGACGGACUUGAAAGCGCCAAUCUCCAUGACAUCCUCCACGGGUGUGGCGUGGCGACCUCGAGCGGCUCGCACUCUGCCGUCGGCGCAUGCUUCAUCACUUCAGCAGGCGAAAGGGCCGCCCACUCGAUCGUCAAUCGAGCUCUAGAGCUAGCCGACUUUGCUGUCUGCGAGCGCUUCGAUCGCGUGCAUCCAGCGCAACAUACGGAAAGCUCCCAAAGCAGCUUGGAUCGUCACAUUUUGCUAGCGAGGGCCCUCGAGCUUGGUCGCGAGCAAGUGCUGCGCAAUCUCCACGUGGCUUGCGUUGCCGACGUGGAAGCCUUGGAGCACGCUCUCAAGUACAGCCUUCCAGGCCUGAUGAGUCGGUUGUCGUCCAGCUCGCGAGGUCAAGCUGCGGCGAAGUCUCCCGCGAGGGAGAUUGGCAUCAUUGUGGUCGACAAUCUGCCUUCUCUUUUCCAGGAAGACCCGGUGGCGAGCGACAUCGAUUCGCUAGUCCAGCGAAGCAAGAUGCUCGUUGAGGUGACGGAUGCACUCAAGCGUUUAGCUGCUGCUCCUCCGUCGAGGCCGCGUUCGACAUUCAGCUCAGUCGGCAGAGCGGUGCUCGUGAUCAAUCACGUCAGCGACGCCUUCGGGGUCGACAAGGAGAUCGCCAAACGCUUCGUCUUUGACUCUGCAGAUCGCAUCCGGAUCCAGCGGUCAAAUGGCAGGCAAGGAGGUCAGGACGCGGCCGGGCCGGCAAUGCCUGGCGAAUUGGCUCUGCCCGACUCUCCCUUUGCGAUGGACUACGCCUCACAGUCAGCCUUCUUCAGUGGCCUGCUUGCAUCAGUGCCGCCGACUUUGGCCGAAGCCAUUGGUGCAAGGGCGCUGGAAGAAGCGAGAGGAUCGAACGAUGGCCCGCUCUACGUUCUCAAUCCUCGCACAGCACAGCUCGGGCAUACGUGGAGCAACCUCGUCAACGUGCGGCUUUUCCUCUCCAAGACGCGAGGCAGGGUCUCGAUGCCUGACGAAUCGGCUGCAGCUUCAGCGGCAGCGUCGGGCGAAGACGCAGCAACCAAAAAGACGACGAUGACGACGGUUCGAAAGGCCGCUGUCGCGCUGAAUCCAUUUGGCCCGACGAUGCUCGAUCCGACCAUCGACAGCAGUGAUUGUGUUGCGGGUGUGAGAGGCAAAAAGGCCGUCCGUCAACUGCGCUUCGUCAUCACACCGGGUCGGGCGGUCCACGCUCUGAACGCGUACGCCGCUUCGUCGGCGAAUCCUGCCGUUGUUCCGACCAUGAGUCAGAUGCCAGCGCCACACGCCACAUCAUCGCAAGCUGCGCAUGGCGGAGAAGCGGAGGACGAGGAGGACCUCUCGGCGAGGCGCUCGAGGAUCAUCACUGGCUGGCUAUGGAUCAAUUCCAGUCGCAGGUGGUGGACGGCAUGGGUCCCGCCUAACAGUAUCAUCUGA